CUUCCGUGUUUACGACAGUCUGUGAGCUGGUGUUCAUUUACGGCAGGCAUUGCAGGCACGUGUGUUUCCAGAGUCAACAGCGUGCUCAUUGAUAGUCGUCUAGCCAAUCAUUUUAAAGGAUCUCUGUCAUGUCAUUCCGCGGGGGUGGUGGUCGAGGAGGCGGUCGUGGCGGUGGUUUUAACAGAGGUGGUGGUCGUGGAGGCGGAUUUGGAGGGGGUCGAGGUGGGUUUCACAGAAAUCAAGACUUCGGCCCACCGGAAUAUGUUGUCGCUUUGGGAGAGUUCAUGCACCCCUGUGAGGAUGAUAUUGUCUGUAAAUGUGUGACGGAGGACAACAAGGUGCCCUACUUCAACGCUCCUGUAUAUCUGGAAAACAAAGAGCAAAUUGGAAAAGUGGACGAGAUCUUUGGGCAGCUUCGUGAAUUUUAUUUUUCAGUCAAACUUUCUGAAAAUAUGAAGGCAUCCUCCUUCAAGAAGUUACAGAAGUUCUUCAUUGAUCCUAUGAAGCUGUUGCCCCUCCAGAGAUUCCUCCCGAGGCCUCCAGGUGAAAAGGGGCCUCCCCGCGGAGGUAGAGGAGGAGGAAGAGGUGGGAGAGGAGGUGGCUUUCGUGGAGGUCGAGGUGGCAAUGGUGGUGGUCGUGGAGGAUUUGGUGGUCGUGGAGGAUUUGGUGGUCGUGGAGGAUUUGGUGGACGUGGAGGAUUUGGUGGAGGUGGAGGUGGUGGAGGAUUCCGAGGAGGCAGAGGUGGAGGCGGUGGACGUGGAUUCAGAGGUGGAAGAUGAUGAAGGUCUCACAGUAUGGGAUGUGUCCUUUCUUCUGCUGGGGAGACUUCCAGUGAGAAGCCCGAAUCAGCAUUUGGACUGUUAAUUGAUGCCUCUCUUGUACAGCUUAACUUUUUAUUUCGUUUUGUACCAUAUGUGUAUUUUUAUGCAGUAGAAUUUUUUUUAUUUGGUUUACUAAUAGGACUGAUGUUUUAAGUUACCACAUCCCUGUGUACAAAGAGGGAAGGUGUCUCCAUAACCUUGGUUUGCAUCCACUGACGGUUGGACCAGAAAAGACUUGAACAACAUCAAGGUUAUGUAGUGUGACAAAACAGUAAAGCCAGCUCCACAGAUACUGAUAAUAAUAAUGUAAAAAAAUAAAUAAUUCAUUGUUGGAUUAUAAUGGAUUAUUUGCAUUUACAUAAUUGCAAUUUGUUUCAUUUGAACUCCAGAUGCCACCGUGGAUUUACAAAAUAAAAUCAAUGGUAUAUUUACUGUA